ACAUAAAUACACUAUCUAGUACCUCCUAGCAAGAAUCCAAUGGAUCCGUGCCCAUUCUUACGCCUCACCAUUGAUUCACUCGCUCUCAAGCUUCCUUCUCCCACCAAACCCUCUCCCCUCUCCGGCGUCCACCCUUCCACCACCCCUUGCUUCUGCACCAUUCACGCCAAGUCCCUCCCUUCUCAAACCGCCCUCCUCCCUCUCUCUUCCAACUCUCCCCCCGAAACCACCACCUCUGCCCCCUCCUUCCAACUCGACUCCACCGCUCUCCGCCGCCUCUCCGCCAAGCCCCUCCCAAUCACCAUCUCCGUCUACAAUGGCCGGAUGUCCCACACCUGCGGGCUCAGCGCCGCCAAGCUCCUCGGCCGCGUGGUUGUCACCGUUGACCUUGCCAAUGCACUGUCUCGCCCCAUGACCUUCCACACUGGCUGGCUCAAGCUGGCCAAGAAUAGGCAUCGAGAGGAGAACAAGCCAUGGGCCCGGCUUCACGUGGUUGUCCGCUCUGAACCGGACCCCCGGUUCGUGUUCCAGUUCGGGGGCGAACCGGAGUGCAGCCCGGUGGUUUUCCAGAUUCAGGGGAACAUCAGGCAACCCGUUUUCAGUUGCAAGUUCAGUGCCGAUCGCAACCAUCGAUCCAGGUCUCUUCCCUCGGAUUUUAACAGCAAUAAUCCCGGUAGAUGGAGAAGAUCCUUAACCGGUGAUAGAGAACGUCAAAAUAGGGACAGAAAAGGUUGGAUGGUCACUAUUCACGAUCUCUCUGGCUCACCAGUGGCUGCAGCUUCUAUGAUCACUCCAUUUGUCCCUUCCCCUGGCUCAGACCGGGUAUCGCGAUCGAACCCUGGCGCCUGGCUGAUCCUCCGGCCUAAUGGGGCAUCGGUGAGUGGCUGGAAGCCAUGGGGCCGUCUAGAGGCAUGGCGAGAAAGAGGCCCUGUGGAUGGCUUGGGCUACAAGGUUGAGCUGUUCUCAGAGAGUGGACCUGCCAAUGGAAUCCCCAUUGCGGAGGGCACAAUGAGUGUCAAAAAGGGUGGCCAAUUCUGCAUUGAUUACAAAGUGAUGAAGGAUUCUGGCUUGGGUUCGAGGUUACCAGGGGACGGCUUCGUGAUGAGUUCAAGCGUGGACGGCGAAGGCAAAGUUAGCAAGCCUGUUGUGCAAGUUGGGGCACACCAUGUGAAAUGCAUGCCUGAUGCCGCUUUGUUCAUUGCUCUCUCUGCUGCCAUUGAUCUUAGCAUGGAUGCCUGCACCCUCUUCUCACAUAAACUCAGAAAAGAGCUCUCUCAUCAUGCCCAAGAUUCCUUCUUCUCAUAGCUUUCAUCAAACAAUUCAAUUCCAUUGGUGUUCUUGCUGCUCCAUUUUUCUUUUUAGCUAGUCAUUCUUUCAGCCAAUUGUUUUGCGACAUUCUUUUUGCCUUCAUGUUGGAGUUCUUGAAGCUUCAGCUGAUUUGGUUUGUUUAGGUUCUUAUUCGCCUACGGCACUACUUCUGCAUUUUGAACUUUGAUUGAUUUCUUCUAAUUCUAGUAUGAGUGUUGUAGUAGUAAAGACUAAAGAGAUGUCACACAAAGUUGUUGGGUUGGGUAUUGUUAACAGCUUACAUUAGGGUAGUUAUUGUUUUCGACAGCUGA